CUCAUGUCCUCUUCUCCCCUUCUUGGGGUCAACACUUCUGCCCCGAUUUCAUAAUUAUCCCUCCUGCGGCAAAUGGCAUGAUCACAUCUGAAGACGCCUGAACAAGCUCUUUUGUCUCCAACCUUUUGUCUCUUGCUGCCCUCUCUCUCUCUCUCUCCCUACGCCCUGCGAAGAACAAGAUCAACAGUCCAUUUAUUGAGCACCUCCUUGUUUUGUCGAGUGUUUGGAUGCAGCCAUAUAUAAGUUCAGUCCUAUAUGUCUCUCUCUCAAGAGUUGACAAGGUGUGUGUGCAUGCGUGUGCAUCUUUCUCUCUCUAUUUCUCUGAAGAACUGAAGAACACUGAAGACUGAAACACAGGUUAUAUAUAUAUAUAUAUAUUGGUUGGUGAUCUUGAGAUGGCCAUGGUGAGAGGGACAAUGGUGAGGAGGGAGAGGAUCGAAGGAGUGAGGCAGUACAACAGAUCGAAGGUGCCUCGCCUGAGAUGGACGCCUGAUCUCCAUCACUGCUUUGUUCAUGCCAUUCACAAGCUUGGAGGCCAGCACAAGGCUACACCUAAGCGAGUUCUUCAGCUGAUGGGAGUGGGAGGACUCACUAUAUCUCAUGUCAAAAGCCAUCUGCAGAUGUACAGAAACAUGAGGAAUGAUGACCUAGGUAUGCAAGGCAUUCAGCAGAUGGAUGAUCAGGAGCAAACAUUUGCAGGAGGCAUGCAAAUUUGGACAGAUAUGCAGCUGCAGGAUCAUCAUCAUGAGUGCAAUGGACCCUAUUGCAGAUGCCACUCCUCAUCAAAACAUGCAAAGGGCUCACUGCUGCUGCUACACCACCACCACCAGCAGCAACAGCUGCAAAGGCCAAAUGAGAUGGAGACGAGACGAGCAGAGGCGAGCACCCAAACAGGCUUUCUCAGAAGCCAAGGAAUAUGUGAGAGGGACGUGUCCUCCGGCCUCCCUGUCCCAGCUGCCUACUACUCCUACUACACGCCCAUGGCGCACGGCGCACCACCUGCCGCCGCAGACGGUGCCGGACACGACGACCCGCCAAGGCUGCUGGGCCUCGUCGUGAUGGCGACGACGACAAGGCGUGGCUCUCGCGAGGAGCACAAGGCGACGCCACCACCGGAGAACGGCGCGAUCAGGCACGGGAGGAAGGCCAGGCGUACGACGGCGGCGGCAGAGGAGGAGGAGCGUGACGGCGACGGCGACGAGCUCUCGCUGUCACUGACGCUGGACUCGGGGCUCAGUUGCCGGAGCAGCGGCGGCGCCGGCGCAUACUGCUGCAGCGAAGGCAGCAGCAGCAACUGGCUGAUCUCGUCGCCGUCGUCGACGACGAGCCUCGUCGCCGGUGGCUGCUCGCGGCGGAGUACUCCGGCCAUGCUUAGCAGCGUCGUCAGCUUGGACCUGUCCUUGUGACCGUACACCUAGUAGCUUCGUGUCCAUGAAUGUUCGUACGUACAGCAUAGCAGCUAACAGCUACUCGUAGCUAGAAAAAUUUGGAAGAGACGGUGUAAUGUAUGUAUUGGGCCGCUUGAGUCUCCACUUCCAAGUGGAAAUUUUGUCAUGGACUCUUGGCCCGUCCGGUUGUUGUAGAUCUCAGCCCGGCCCAGUUAAAUUUUUUUUAUCACAUCGAUUUUGGCAUGAAUGGAUCAUUUA